AUUUCUAUUGCAGGGAGUGUGGGUCAGGGGCUUUAAAAGAGAGGUUGUUUAGUUUGUGUUUCUGUAUCACCCCGGUAUUAAAAUAUGCAGACAUCUAAAUCAAGAACUAGUACUUCAGAAGUCCCUCAAAGGAAAUCUCCUGUAACUCCUCGGAAUGCUCGCCAGAUGAAGACACUAGGCUCUGAUUCUGAUUCAGUCUCAUCAUCUCCAAACCCAGCAAGUAAGCCACAAAAAGAUAAAAGUCCGAAGGUCACAGAACGCAAGUCACCACGAAGUCCAAUAUCUGAGAAGAAGAGGCCAGGUAGGGUCCAGGAGUUAGAGUCUCAACUUGCUCAACUUGAACAAGAUCUAAAGAGAACUAAGGACCAACUCAACUCGUCUGAGUCAUGGAAGAGGAAAGCUCAGCAGGAGGCUGAAGAGGCAAAAAAGCAGCUUUUAGCCUUGUCAAAAGAGCUGGAGGAAUCCCAGCAACAGCUUCUGGAACUAUCUGCUUCUGAAGAAGAACGGCUUCAAGAGCUCCAAAAAAUUUCUCAGGAUCGAGAUCGUGCAUGGCAAUCUGAACUGGAGGCUGUCCAGAAGCAGCACUCAAUGGAUUCAACAGCUUUGGUGUCUGCUAUGAACGAAAUCCAGAAACUGAAAAUUCAACUUGAAAGGGUACGUGACUCUGAAGCUGCUCAUAUUAGCAAUGCAGAGUCAGCCGAUGCUGAGAUUCAGGACUUAAGGGUGGAGCUUGAUGAAGCACUCACUUUAGUGGAAAAUCUGAAAAAUGAGGUAAGUGAUUGCAGAGAAUCUGAAUCCCGAGCUUUGGAGGUAGUUGGCAAAACUCAAAUGCAAUUGGAAGCAGCAAACAAGACUGUUGAAACACUCCGGUUAGAAGGUAUGAAAGCAUCAGAAGCUUACAAAUCCUUAGCUUUAGAGUUGGAACAAUCAAGAGCUCAAGUAAACUCAUUGGACGAACUUGUCAGCAAACUUCAGUCUGAUUUGGCUAGUGGUGCUAACAAAAAUAUGUUAGGUCCAGUAAAUGAAACUGAACUUGCACCGGAAAAUGCAGAAAAUGAGGAUAUAAAACAGCUCAAAACCGAGCUUAUCUCUGCUAAAUCUGAAGCAGCGCAGUUAAAAUCUGCAUUGGAUGUUUCUGAGGUACGAUACCAAGAAGAAUAUAUCCGGAGCACAUUGCAGAUUAGAAGUGCUUUUGAACAACUGGAGCGUACAAAAUUAGAAUCUUGUCAUAGACAGGGUGAAUUACACGAGGAAUUGAAGAGAGCUAAAACUGAUAUUGAAGAGUUAAGGUUGAAGCUGAUGGACAAGGAAUCUCGUUUGCUGGGUUUAUCAGAGGAAAAUGAGGUGCUCAAGUCAAGGAUCAAGCAAAACCAACCUAGUGAAAGAGAACCUGAACCCAUGGCAGAGCUCAAAAAGUUUGAUGCUGACAUAACUGAGUUGAAGGAGAGAUUAUUGGACAGAGAGACAGAACUGCAAAAUGUGACCGAGGAAAACAAUGCACUCAAAAUGGAAAUAAAGAGGGCAGAGCUGGAGAAGAAUAAAGUACCCAAUGAGGCUGUUGCUUCUACUGAGGCUGCAAGGGCAGCAGAGCGAGAGGCUUUGAUGAAACUUGGCUACUUAACAGAAGAAGCAGAUAAAAGCAACAGAAAAGUAGCACGGGUAACCGAGCAAUUAGAUGCUGCACAGGCUACUAAUUCUGAGUUAGAAGCUGAAUUAAGGAGGUUGAAAGUGCAGUCAGACCAGUGGAGAAAAGCAGCUGAAGCCGCUGCUGCUAUGCUUUCUGCUGGAAACAAUGGAAAGUUUGUGGAGCGAACAGGCUCACUUGACAGUAGCUACAAUCCUAUUUCUGCCAAGGCGAGUUCACCUUAUUCAGAGGACACAGAUGAUGACUCACCCAAGAAGAAAAAUACUAACAUGUUGAAGAAGAUUGGAGUGUUGUGGAAGAAAAACCAUUAAUGUAUAGAUGUUUUGCACUUGCAGGCAUCAUGUGGUUUAAUCACCAUUCAAGCAAUCCUUGAGGAUUAAUUUGCCUGGAGCAGAUCCUGUGACAAAUAUUUUGAAGUUGCUAUGAAAUUACUUAGGCUCAGUGAUUCCAGUUCCUGCACUUGCUCCAGCUUUGGAAUGGUGCAGUGAGUGUUUAUAUGUAAGACCAGACCCUACGUGUAUUGGUUGUUUCCAUGAAAUUUUAUG